CGAUACUUUCUUUCCUCUCCACCAGAUGUCACUAACACAGCGCGGCGUGGUCGUAGCUGCCGUGGCGGCCGCUGUCGGGCUCCUGGUCGGCGGCCUCAUCGGGCAUUUCGGGACCACCACCAUCUCACCCGAACAGAAGGAGAAACUCAGUAUGGUGGAUAGACUACUGGCCGAUAAAUGGGAGGAGGAGCAAGACAUCAACCAGAGAAUUAUCAAUAUGGUGAACACCGACAACCUCAGAAACAACCACAUGGAACUGACCCGGAGGCCCCACCUGGCAGCCACCCCGAGAGACGAGGAGUUGGCGCGGAUGAUCCGAGACCGGUUCGAGGCCUCAGGGUUCGACACCGCGGAGUUGGAGCCCUACGAGAUCCUGCUGUCGCGUCCGAACCACACGAAUCCGAAUCUGAUCACCCUCGCCGACGGCAGCGGGGACAUUGUGUUCACGAGCGCCUACAAGGAGAUCCCGCUGCACGAGGACGACGAGGACCCCGACUUCGUUCAUUCGUUCAACGCCUACACGCCCGCGGGUGACAUCACAACUGACCCCGGCGUGGGCGUGGUCUACGUCAACUACGGGCGUGUGGAAGACUUUUACCAGUUGGAGAAGCUGGGCGUUAAUGUCACAGGCCGGAUUGUCAUGGCUCGGUAUGGCAAGAUCUUCAGAGGAAAUAAAAUCCAGCACGCCCAAGACCGGAAUGCUGUGGGCGUCAUCCUCUUCUCAGACCCACUGGACGUGGCUCUUGAAGGGGUCUCAGAAGAGGCCGUGUACCCCAACAAGGGCUGGCUUCCGGGCACAGGCAUGCAGCGGGGCACGACCUUCAUGGGCGACGGUGACCCCCUGACCCCUGGCUGGCCGGCGACAGAACAUGCUUACCGUGUUGACAAGGAGGACGCGGGUCUGGCCAAAAUUCCCUGCCAGCCAAUUGGAUACAACGAUGCCAAAGUGAUCCUGGAAAAGCUCCGGAGCGACCAGCCGACGCCCGAGGGUUGGGUUGGAGGACUGGAGGGCGUCGAGUACAACCUCGGGCCGUUCUUCAAGGCCGACUACAGCGAGUACAGACUCCGCCUCCAGACUCACAACUACGAGAUGAGGGCGAGGUCGUACAAUGUCAUUGGCACGAUCAAGGGCGAGGUCGAACCAGACCGCUACGUGUUCAUCGGCAACCACCGCGACGCCUGGGGCUACGGGGGCUCAGACCCCUCCAGCGGGACGGCGCAGAUGCUGGAGACGGCGCGAGUGUUGGGAGCUGAUGAAGGACGUCCAGGUUGGAGGCCAAGGCGAACCAUUGUCUUCUGCAGUUGGGGCGCGGAGGAAUACGGCCUCAUCGGGUCCACAGAAUGGGUCGAAGAACACGUCGAGAAACUGCAGGAGCGAGCUGUGAUGUACCUCAACACCGACACCUGUGCUUCGGGACCCAUACUGCACGCCCCGGGAAGUCCACUCCUAUGGGAUCCUAUUGUCAAGAUCGCGAAGAUGGUACCAGGCGUAAGGAACGGAGAAACGGUUUAUGCGGAAUGGGAAGAAUACGAAAGACUGAGGAACCAUUCAACUCCCGAGAUGAAGACCCUCGGCUCCGGCAGCGACUACGCCCACUUCUCCUUCUACUGCGGGAUUCCCUGCCUCGACGUGUGGUUCAGGAGGGACAAGAACAAAUACGACAUUUCCAUCUACCCUGCCUACCACACGGGCUAUGACACCUUCUACAACAUCGACCACAACAUCGACCCGGGCUUCAGGAUCCACCAAGGAUGCAGUAGGAUUGCCUCCCUCACUCUCCGUUACUUUGCCGACUCCGCCAUCAUUCCCUACAGUUUAGAGAAGCUUCCCCUGGCCAUCAAGAACGCGUUCGAGAAGGUCAAAGAAAAUGGGAACGGCGAGAAGUUGAUGGCCAUCUACGAUAAAUUCUCUCUCCUCGGGGAAGCCAUUGAUAACUUCACUAUGGCAACUUCCGGUUUCGUCGCCAAGGUGAACCAGAUGAAGAAUGAUAUCGACCCCGUCACCCUCCGAGCACUCAACGACCAAAUUAUGAAGGUGGAACAGGUAUUUGUGAUGCCUGCCGGUCUACCUGGUCGGCCAAGUGUCAGGCACGCUGUUUUUGCCCCAAGCCAGUUCGAUAACUACGCCACCGCCGGUUUCCCUGGGAUCUCGGACCUUCUCUACGGGUACGACGGCUUGGGACCGGAGGAAACGACGGAAAGGCAGAAGGAAAUCAAAAGACACAUCUCAGACCUGACUAUCCUGGUGCAGAGAGCCUCCAGUCUGCUUGAAGAUUUCCAUAGUAUUUAGCGUGGGAGUGAAUAGCGGGGGAGAGGGAGAGGGAAGGGGGA